AUGGCUCUUUCUGCAGGGAACGCCAACCUUUCUCUGACGGAGCAAUUGAGUGUGCCACCUAAAGCAUCACUGCAAAUACUCGGAACACACAAUGUCAAUAAAGACAACAAUAUUAUUGAUUUUGAUAUCUGGGUUCACUGUCCAAAUGCAAUCGGUAUAAGAUCGGCCAAGUUCCUGACAGAAAAUGAUGUCGAAUCUCGCUGUUGGAGCUAUUCCGAUGACCGCGAUAACGGCGACCCCAAAGAUAUAUUGGGCGGAUGGCUUGAUGACUGGUUAGACCAUGAUGAUGCAGACGAUCGAAGAUGGAGUCUUCACAAAUCAGGUCAUUUUCUAAAUGGGGAUUGCACUGCUCUCGGAACUCAUAUCGAGCGCCUGGCACAGAAGACCGCCUAUGGCGGUACUGUCGAGGUGUCGUUCCAUACCCCCUCAAUACAAUUGGACGCAGGAUAUAAUUCCUCAGCCGAGAUGGGACACAUUGCACAAAUCUUUCUAGAAUGGGCCUUUGAGUGCCCCUUCACCCCAACCGACCAGGCAUGGAGCGACCUAGUCAAGAACGCGAUGGUAGACCAUAAGAAGGGCUGGAUCGAGCCACAUGCACCACGGGCUUCGCACGGAAUGUCUCCUUUUCGGAGAGCAAUGAGAGCCAACGGUACUACCCGUGUUGUAUCGCGAGAGCAGAAUGCGAACGGGGUAACGUACUCAGUAAGGCAGUUCUCUUCCUGGGGUGGUGACAGUUCCGCGUAA